AUGGCACUCGAGUUUGUCGGUAGGGGUAUGUGGGAGAGGCUUGUGCAUAAAAUAUGCAAGAUAUGGAUGAUAAUAGCAGCAGGUGCUUUAGUGAUGCCUUUAGUGGUUUGGAUAUUGAUCUUCAUUGAAAACACGAAAUGUUUUUCUGAGACUAUGGGUCAUUAUCUGGGUAACGAUCAGAGGGUCUAUGACCAAAUGGAUGGAGAUCAUAAUGCAGGAUUUGUCGGUAAUACGAAUAUACCGAAACAUCUAGGUGGUGUCGUCUUUGCAGCAGCUUUCGACGUCGCCAUGUGGAUGUUCAUCAUAAUAUCCAUGUGUGCCGAUUUAUUCUGGAAAUUCCCUCUCUGUCGACGAUUCCUCGAGUCGAUGUGGGCCGAUGGACUAUACGAAACUAGGAAAUAUGUGGACAUUGAAUUCUAUUUCUUAAUGGCAAAUGCGUUCUUGAAAUUAUUUAUCGUAGCAGCAACGGGAUCUCAAACUUACAUAGGACUUUAUCCCAAACAAGACGAUCCACAAUUGGAUACUCCAUUGUUCUGUUUAUACGCUACGAUGAUCUUACUAGGAUCAAUCCCAUUCACGAUAAUCGCUCUUUUCUAUAUAUUGCAUAACAUGAAACGAAUCGAAUAUGUCAAUGAGCUGAAAGCGGCUGAAGAGGCAGCAGCAGCAGCCAAAGCAGCAGCUAAAGCGGCAAAGAAGAAAGCGGAGAGGUAA